AUCUGCGCAUGUCUCGAGACAUCACGCGACUACUGCCGUCAACGCCAUUGCCAGAUUUACGUUUUAUUUUUCCUUUAUAAAAUCGUGUUGUGGGUUUGAGACUGGAGAGGUUCUGCGAAUGAAUACACGGUGAUAAUUUCGAAACCAAAGAGAAAAAGGAAAAAACACAAUGUCGGGGGCCACCUUGGAAGCGGAACUUUACGAAAGUAGCUCCAAGUUUUUAAACGGGGACGUUUUAGCUUCAGAUAAGGAAAUUCAACAUUUAAAAAAAACAAAUGGCUAUAGACAAGACAAAUAUUUGAAUGGCCAUACUUUGGGACACAAACCAGUGGAGCGACAAAAAAGAACGCGAGAAGUGAAAGAACAUUUCGAGCCCCCGACACUUAUCGUGGCCAUAAUGACGCACAUCAGUUUUUAUAUUCUCAUGUUUCUCGGCUACCUCAGCCAGAUGCUGUUCCCGCCAAAAGUGAUCAAAGAAACAAACAGAGAUGGGUAUAGACCGAUGUUCGAUAGAUUUACAGCGUUUUACCUGCGAUACGUCUACAGGCGGAUCAAAGACUGUUGGAAUUAUCCUAUUUGUAGUGUGCCUGGAAGUGAAGUCGUUUUGAAAGAGCGCGUCACGAAUGAUAACGGCUGGACAUUCCAAUUCACAGGUUCAAAAAGGAAAUGCCUUAAUCUAGCUUCGUAUAAUUAUUUGGGUUUUUCGGAAAACACUGGCCCCUGUUCAGAGCAUGCGAUAGCUUCAUUGUAUAAAUAUGGAGUUACCACUGGAGGCACAAGACAGCAAAACGGUACGUGCGAGAUCCACAGGCAACUGGAGCGUCUCAUGGCCGAAUUUCUCGGCGUUGAAGACGCGAUCACUUUCGGCAUGGGUUUCGCGACCAACGCCCUCAACAUCCCUGCUCUGAUCGCGCCAGGUUGUCUCGUAAUCAGCGAUGAGAAAAACCACGCCAGUUUGAUUGUCGGCAUCCGACUGUCUGGGGCUACAGUCAAGGUGUUUCGGCAUAACAAUAUGAAACAUCUGGAGAAGGUUCUGCAAGAAGCCAUCUACUACGGUCAGCCGAAAUGCGCGACGCAUACGCCUUGGAAGAAGAUUGUGAUAAUUGUAGAGGGCGUUUACAGUAUGGAAGGUACCAUCGUCCAUUUGCCACAGGUUAUAGCCUUGAAGAAGAAGUACAAAGCCUACCUGUACCUGGACGAAGCGCACAGCAUCGGAGCGAUGGGCCGUAGAGGUGGCGGGGUUGUCGACUAUUUCGGCUGUGAUCCUAAAGAUAUCGACAUUCUGAUGGGUACAUUCACGAAAAGCUUCGGGUCGCACGGCGGAUACAUCGCCGGCACGAAGGAAUUCAUCAGCUACCUCCGUCAACACAGCUUCGCCUCAGCACACGCUUGGGCGAUGGCUCCCCCCUUAGCCGCCCAGAUAGUCUCGGUAUUGGAGACGCUGAUGGGCAGAGAUGGAACCGACGAGGGCCGCAGAAGAAUCGAACAAUUGGCACGGAACACGCGCUACGUCAGGUUAAGGCUCGAGCAGAUCGGGGUCAUCAUACACGGGUGUGACGAUUCGCCUGUGGUGCCUAUACUCGUUUAUCUCUACUCGAAAAUUGCCGCCAUGGUCCGCAUCCUGAUCGAACACCGCAUAGCAACGGUAGGCGUCGGUUAUCCCGCCACCCCUUUGACCCAAGGCCGAAUCAGGAUUUGCCUUUCGGCGGCGCACACCAAAGAACAGCUGGACUACGCUUUAGACGUCAUAGAAAAAGUCGCCGACGAACUAGGAUUGAAAUAUUCCCGGCGACCGAGAGAUCUCACACCCAUAGAUUAUCACAAAAUCAAAGUUUAUACCGAAGAGUCAUUGUAAGUUUACAGACAAAACGUCACUUUCGGACUCGUCACAAGAAGAAAGUGGUGUUAUCGGUGUGAUUCAACCAGUAGUAUUGUCGACUUUGCUUUAGGCCAGCUGUUAGCACGUGGAGGUUGGGAUAUAUGGAAGAAGAACGGCCCUCAAAUAUAUUCACAAAUAGCAUGUUUUGGGGCGUUGGGCCAACUUCACUGAGACAGGCAAUUAAAACGACUUUCAGCUCACCCUUGAUAAAAAUCUUCGUGCCUCCUUUUCCGAUGUUAAACAAGCUACGUAAAGACGCGCACUGUCAAUCAUGGGCGGUGCGAAAAUUUUGUCGAGAGGGAGCUUAAAAUCAUUUUGUUUCCCAAAAUAGAUGCGUCCACAAAUACAGGGUGUUCGGAAAGUUGGGACUUUCCUUUUCAGAAACGACUACGUUUGUAGACAAAGCGAAUAUGUGAAGAAACAACAGCGAAAACAAAAUCGAAAAGAAAUUUAAAGUCAACUAGUUCGCGAACGAACUGUUUUACACAAGAAUAAUGUCAGUAAAAGUACCCACUUUGAGGACAUCUUGUAUAUUUAAUAAAAGUCAAAGGCUAUCAGAAUAACUCUCAAAGAGCAAAAAUUCACAGUGAUGGGUGUUAAAAUUGUAUAUUUCUGGGCGUGAUUAAAAUGUCACACCCUUUAUCACAGAAGCAUCUAGACCUAGACGCUUUUUGGAGUCCAUUUGCGUGAAGAAAUCGUUACUCUAUAUAGAAUCCCAACUUUCAUGAUAAGUAGGCUCGUGUUUACGUAGGGAAGAGCUUCGUGAAUGUUCAAAAUAGCAAUUUUUUUUACUCAAUAUUUGUUAUUAAAUAAUCUGAGCUUGAUAAGCACGGCAAUAUUGCCUAUUCGAGGUGAAAUAGCGCGCGAUUUGAUUUUUGGGCUUCUGUUGACGUUUGGUUUAUUGUUUUUGUACGAAAAUUAAGUUUUUCACAUCACGGAGCUCGACAGAUUUGCGCAUCUUUGACAUGCCAGCAAAAUACGGGUGAAUGAAGGAGAUAUAUUGCUUGCUUGAUAGUUUGAAGGCUGUACAUAUCACUCAAAAACGCGCCGUCGCGUCGCGUUUUUCGCUACCUCUCUUUAUAUAAUUACUAUAAUAGGUAUAUUUAUUAUACAGCUGCUAUGCAGGGUGUCCGAUUUUAAUCUGUUUGCAACAAAAGCUUUAUGCCUUCGAGGUGACCUUGAGCACGACCUUCAUCGCAAUUUUCAAGGAUCGAGAAAGAAAUUUGACAUUCAUCGUCAAUUGUCAUUGUGUCAUGUUGUGGUUAUGCGUUAUCGUCGAAUGUAUUUCGUAUUCCGUCUUGAGGAAUAGAAAUCAUUAAAGUUUCAUUCAAGCUCCUCUAGUAUUUUUAUUACCAGUACCCUUCACAUGUAAACGUGUAAAAUUUUGAGGGGACCUUGGAGGCGAUAAAGGACAUUGUCAAGGUCACCUUUAGGCGGCUCCCACAUCACUGUCUUGAUUUGACCUUGAAGGCCAGGUCAUAUUUUGGCGUAAAAUCUCCUUUCCAAUUUCUGUAUAAAAGGGUGGGUCAUUUUGAAAAUAUUCGCAUGACCUUGAAGGUGAUAAAGGUCAUUGUCAAGGACAUCUUUGCGCGGCUAUAGCAAAUUGUUUUCACUAACCUUGAAGGCUAGGUGAUGGUCAUAUUUGAGCGUAAAAUCUCCUCCUUUUUCCAAUUUCUAUAUAAAAAGGUAGGUCAUCUUGAAAAUAUUCGCAUGACCUUGAAGGUGAUAAAGGUCAUUGUCAAGGUCCUCUUUGCGCGGCUUGCACAUAUCUCACAACUGUGCUGUCGAACAUUUUUGCUAUAGCAAAUUGUUUUCACUGAUCUUGAAGGCCAGGUGAUGGUCAUAUUUGGGCGUAAAAUCUCCUCCUUUUUCCAAUUUCUGUAUAAAAGGGUGGGUCGUUUUGAAAAUAUUCGCAUGACCUUGAAGGCGAUAAAGGUCAUUGUCAAGGCCACCAUUCGGCGGCUUCCACAAAUCUCACAACAUUGCUUUCGAGCAUUUUGAAAUUAUUUUCACCUUGGAAGACGAGCUCAAGGUCACCAUCAUUUUGUCCUUCGAGACCGUGCAACUUUUGUUUGAACUUUUUUUUGUAAGUUAUGUAGUUUUCGAAAUGUUUAGACCUAAAGAUUAAAAUAGGACACCCAGAAUAAACAGACUAACCCAAAAAUGUGUCUUUCUUUUGGAUUCUGCAGAACACAAAUAUCCGAAAGUUUGCCCGCAUAUUAUGGGAUACUUUGGCUAAGCUAUACAGGGUGUCCACAUUGGCGCACCCUGCAUACAUUUACGCACUAUAGAAUAGACGUAAGAUUCUGUCAUAGAUGCGCGAAUCUUGCCCUACAAAGAAAACUUGAAUACCGGUAUUUAUUUGUUUCGACAAAGAAAAUGUUGUUGCAUUUUAUACAUUUUGAAAGCAUAUACUGUAUUUUUUAAAUAGCUAUUUAUUGAAAUCUGUAAGAGGUUUAUGUUUUAGUUGUCCACUGCAUAAAAAAUCCUCUCUCUCAAAUAAACUCGUUGAAAAUA